UAUAAAUCGGGAUGUUCUCCACCUUGCUUAUCAUACACCAUUUCGCAUAUCAGAACUUGCAGUCAACUGAGCGUAUCCAUUAUUAAAAUUAUUUUAUAAUCUUCCUCGAAGCUGAGCUUUUUAGUGGCUUCGUGUUGAUUCAGCUGGAAGCGUAAUGAAUGGCGAGGGAUGUUCGUUGACGUCCUUAGCGGCGUCCGGUGAUAUCCCGGCGGCGGAUUCCAAUUGCAGAAUUUUCGGGAAAUACGAGCUGGGGAAGCUGCUAGGUUGCGGGGCUUUUGCGAAGGUUUAUCACGCCCGUGUAAUCAAAACAGGGCACAGCGUUGCGAUUAAAGCGGUGAGCAGACAGAAGAUUCUCAAAGGCGGCCAUGCGGACCACGUUAAGCGGGAGAUUUCUAUUAUGCGCCGCCUGCGCCACCCGCAUAUCGUGCGCCUCUCCGAAGUCCUCGCUACGAAGAAGAAGAUCUAUUUCGUCAUGGAGUUCGCCAAAGGCGGGGAGCUCUUCGCCAGGGUCGCCAAGGCCCGAUUCAGCGAGGAUCUCAGCCGGAAGUACUUUCAGCAGCUCAUCUCCGCCGUCGGUUAUUGUCACUCAAGCGGGAUUUACCACCGCGACCUGAAGCCGGAGAAUCUGCUACUGGACGAGAAUUGGGACCUCAAAAUCACCGAUUUCGGACUGAGCGCUGUGACGGAUCAGAUCCGGCCCGACGGCAGACUCCAUACGCUCUGCGGCACUCCGGCCUACGUCGCUCCGGAGAUUCUGGAGAAGAACGGAUACUACGGCGCUAAGGUGGACAUCUGGUCGUGCGGCGUCAUCCUUUUCGUGCUCAACGCCGGCUAUUUGCCUUUCAACGACACGAAUUUGAUGGCCAUGUACCGGAAAAUUUACAAAGGCGAGUUCCGGUGUCCGAAAUGGACCUCGCCGGGUCUGAAACACCUCCUUAAUCGUCUACUCGAUACGAAUCCGGAGACUCGAAUCACCGUGGACGAUAUCAAAUCCGAUCCAUGGUUCCGGACUGGAUUCGAAGAGGUCAGGCCCCGAAUCGAUUUCAAAUUCGAUUUCAGAAGAUCCGCCGGCUGCGACGGCGGAGAUUUAGAGGGAGAGAACAAUUACCUUAACGCAUUCGACCUCAUAUCGUUUUCCCCCGGUUUCAAUUUGUCUACCUUGUUCGACACUCACAUCGUCUUAAGCGACACCGAGCGGCUCCUAUCGGCCGAUCCGCCGGAAAAAAUCGUCGCCGGGAUUGAGAAGAUAGCUAGCCCAGAAGGGAUGAGUGUGACUGUUAAGGAUGUCGGUGUAAGGGUGGAGGGGCCUGAUGGUAAUAUCAUAGUGCUCGUCGAGAUUUACCGGCUAACGGAAAAGCUGGUAGUCCUGGAGGUUAAAUAUCCGCACGUGGCGGAUGCAUCUGGACUCGAUGUUUGUAGAGAUAAAGUUAGGCAAGAGCUUAAACUGUUUGUCUAUCAACCAGAAAGACAGGUCUCUGGUCAUCAUUAAUUCAUUAGCAUGAAAAUCACGUAAAUGAUUGAGAUUUUUUUAAAUUAGAAUGUUUUCUGUGAUAAUAAACUGUCAAAUUGUUCAUUGCAAACUUUAAACU